CUAAAAAAGGUCUAAAUAGGGCAUUUGAGUCAAAAGCUAUAUUUACAGGAUUAUGUGAAUUAAUGAUACAAAUAGCUCAGCGUAAAGAAAAAAGUAGUCAAAAUUUGAAAUAUUCUGAAGAUGUUACUCAUUUUAUGGCUAUACUUUCUAGCUUAAAUCCAAGGGCAUAUGAAUUUUUUUGGGCCAAUUUGGCAGAACAAACAUUACGAAAUAUUAG